AAGUUAUUCCCAUCAUGUCAGGCAGCUAACAAGUAAAGAGUCAAUUAAUAGAGCAUCAUAAAAUCCAAAGUCAAGAACGUGCUAGCAAAUGCAUUAUUUAGUCAUUUGCUCUUUUCCCCUGUACAUAAAACAUUACCCAUUACUCUCCUCUGUACCAACAAAAAAACAGAGCACCAUGGGUACAGAAACAAGUUCAACACUAAAACUUCCGUUGUUUUCAGUAAAUUCACAAGAAGAUUUAGGGAUGUUAACUCCUCUUCAUACCUUAGCUUCAAUUCCAUUUUCUUGGGAAGAAGAACCUGGAAAGCCUCGUCCUUGUACUGACCUAAUCCCUUUACCAAAUUCCAUAUGCUUAGAGCCACCUCCUAGGCUUUACAUGGAAUUAACCAAAACUUCUUCUCCCACAACUGUUUUUGAUGGGCCUUAUAUUACUAGCAAGCCAAAGUUUUCAUCUUUUAGGUUCUUGAGGGAUCGACGUCGACAAGGGUCAUUUGAUAGUACUGCUAGUUCUGAAACAGGGCAACUUAGUGCGUUUGUUGUUGGCAAGAAGAAAGUGGAAAGUAAAAGCUGGUGGCGUCGUAAUAAUGGUGGUAAAGGAAAGGAUUUAACAGAUUGUGUUAGUUUGAAUGAUGAAUGCACUAUAAAAAUGGCAACACUUAAAAGAAGUGGAAGCUUUUCAGGUCUCUCACAGGCUAAGACUCACAUUUGGGCAACAAUAUACGAGGGUUUCAAGCAGGUAAUACCAUGGAAGAGCAAAAAAUCAAAAAAAGAAGCGCUUAUUGACUAAGUUUCAACAAUAGCUGUUAUGUUUAUGAUUAUGUUGCUUUCUCUAGUCAUUUAAGUACUCCUGGUUAAAUACACAGGAAAUAUAGAAACAAAUGUACCAUGUCUCCUGGCUUGAAUGUAGCAAUCUACUAUCAUUAGCCUUGAAUUUCACCAGAACCUAUUGUAAAUAUUGUGAGAUCAUUUUCUAGAUUACAUUUCCAUUUAUAUAUCCUUGCAUCAU